AUGAAUUCUUAUUCCUUCCAAGAAACCAGAAGAAAUCCCCAGACAGCGCGGAAGGUCACAUUUAAUCUAAGUCUCUUUUCACCGGUGACCCAUUACAAACAAGAUGGAUCUCUCAGCAGUUACAUGUCCAACUAUUCAAAGAGUAAGAGCAUCUGCAAUCAGAGAAAAGGAGACAAGAUGGAUGGAACUCCCUUUACAAAGAUGCCCUCUCUCAAACAAGAAGGAUCUUUCAGCAGCGCCCUGUUCAAUGAACCAAUGAGUGAGAUCAUUCGCAAUCUGGCAAAGGAAUCCGAGUAUAUUCAGGGCAUGGUUAAAGGAAUACUUGACCCCAACGUCUUUGGCGGAUACACGGUGCAGGAUGCUGCUUAUUGCUUCAAUGCAGUGGAUCCUUACGAACGAGCUGCUGAGAAGAUGCAAGAAGUUGGCAAACCAGAAUUCUCUUUACUUUACAGGACUCAAUCAGAGAGUUUCAAAAGCUACAACCAGUAUUUUCUACAAACAUGGCGGCUCCAGAAUACAGACAGCGUAGCAAUGGGGCCGGCUGCAGCAACGUACGUGGGAUAUGAACGUGCCUUGAGCCAAAACGAUCCCAAGUACCUUUGUAAUGCCAUGUUACCAUGUGCCAUGCUAUGGCCCUGGAUUACCGACCAACUCAUCGCUUCAGUCGACAAGAACCCAUAUCAUAUCUGGUUUAAAGACAAAAAAAAAAAAACCACCUGUGCGGCUUGCGAUCAAACCCUGUUUUACUACUCGUCCUUUAAGGGGUGACUUGUAAAAAUAUCUUAAUGCUGUUGUUUGUGGUCGGAAUCAGUGUGUCUGUGCUGCUUCAGAAGACACCUUGGAAAUAGAACUAACUCGGAAAUUUAUAAAAAUUACUCCCUUUUUUAUCGUAUAGGAAGAUGUAGUUUCAUAUUAGGACGGGGACGGAGGAGGGGGUGGGUACCUUUACUCUUACUCCAGAACCAGCUGUCCCUUUUUCACAGGCAAUAAUUCCUGAUUAUUUAGCAUGGACUUAAACAUGACUUCAAGGCCUUGUAAACAUACCAAGUCUUUUCGUUACUCGAGUUCUAGUUUUUAACCCUUUCACUCCCAUCAGAUCUAAUUAGUAAUUCUCCUUACUGUCUGAUGUACAAUUCUUGGUGAUAGUUUGGAGAAUUUGGUAUUGGAUAAAGUAGUAAUCCCCUAAUUGAUAUUUUUAUCCUCAUCACUUGUCUGCUUGAUAUUGCAUUGAUAUUGUUAUAAGAAAUUCUGUCUUGAUCACUCGUGUUAGUUAAAACAUGGAGGUAAAAGUAAAAGAGAAAUACAUUAGCUCGAGGCCUUAACUGAAUCAUUCAUUUAAGCAACAUGCUACUGAAGGGCAACUUCAAACGUUUAAAGGCACAACUGUUUAUGUUUUUUCUUUUGUCAAUAGGAUUUCUGUACAUGCCAAAAAGAGACAGAUCCAUAAAAACUUUACGGAUUUAAGGGGCAAAGGACAACAUUUGUGCCAGCAAAGAAAUUCCUUGUCUUGAAUUCCUUCAAAUUCAAUAAACAAAGACAAAAAACACAAGCUAAAACUACCCGCAAAAACUAUUCAUAACAAUUAGAUCAAAGGCUCAAGAUUUUAAAGACGCUUAAAAAUUGAUAGCGAAUAAUCUAAUGGCUUUAGUACAAAUCUAAUUCUUGUUCAAAACAGACAUAUUUCUAUGUUUCUUUUUGAAUACAACCGCAUACUACUAGGUUCCCAACUACUGUCGUAACUUCCGCGGCCAUUUGGGUACGAGAUUAGUUCCUCACUUCAUUGUCUAUUUUCAUUCUCAUACAUUUAAAAUCAUGAUCGCCAUUUCAUCAACAUUUUCAAGAUCAAAAGAGUUACAGCAACAACUCAAAUGUCCGCCUUAAUCUAUCUCAGUUCUUAAGCCAGCAUCAAAACCGUUAUAAUUUAAACAUCUCUUCCUCCUUGAACUGUUCAACUACGUACGACGUCAGAACCCGGAACUAUGACAAGAGACUCUUUGCGACGCCAACAGAGACAUGGAACACGUAGACAAAUAAUUGACAAGCAAUAAAAUAUCAUGUUGGUGUGUAGGGGGCUCUCUCACUGUAUGUGUGCCAUGUUUAUUGACAUUGUUUUUGAAGAAAGUAAACUUUCAUUUCAAAACCCACUAGUGCGUCUCUCUUCCUUUUUUUGUGCAGCUUCAUUAUUAAACGAAGGUUUAGUUAUUUUUCGGAGAUACGGUAUGUUGCGUUCAUUUAUGGUCGUAAUAAUCCAGUCCAAAAAUAAGCAGAGCGUUUCUCUUCCUUUUUUAGUGCAGCUUCAUUAUUAAACGAAAGUUUAGUUAUUUUUCGGAGAUACGGUAUGUUGCGUUCAUUUGUGGUCGUAAUACUCUAGUCCAAGAAUAAGCAGAGCGUUUCUCUUCCUGUUUUUAAGCCGCGUCAUGAUCACAAGGACUUAAAUAAGUCAUCAGUUUGGCUUUUUUUUUUGCGGAGAUACAGUGUGUUGCGUUCAUUUGUGUUCACGAAAGGCCAUCAACCAAGUGAAAUAAUGGAAUAAUGGAUAAUAAUGGAUAAUAGUGGAAUAAUAGCGAAGUUCCACUUCCAGCCCUCCCCCCACCUGUCUCCUAUUACGACUUUGCCAUUUGUGUUCACGAGAGGCCAUCAACCAAGUGGAAUAAUGCGAAAAUACCGGCAAUUUCAACAGGUAUAUUUUCCAUUCCUCGCCAAGCCAACAGCGAGCGAUUAAGAGAGAUGAAAGAAGAGUUUCAUGUUCAAUUGUGAAGUUACUAAAAUGAAAAUGUGCUACAUUGUCUUUUUUUGACUUUUGAAAUAAUCAUUUGUUUCCAGUCUUGACAAUUAACGCAUUUAUUCGUUGCGAUCGAGAAGGAAGAGUGAAAUUAGUUUGAGUCAAUAAAAUUUUCCUAGCAUGACCAAAUCUAAAAACAAAUUACUCAAUUCCUGUGGAUUAUUGUUCAUACUGAGUCGAUGGCAAAGUCGUAAUAGGAGACAGGUGGGGGGGAGGGGUGGAAGUGGAACUUCGCUGCAUCGAAACAUCAAAACAUUUCAUAAAAGUGUGCUUUUCGAAACUUAUCUUUUUUAACAGAAUUAGCCGUUGUUUAUAGCAAAAGUUCAGUGUUACUUUGCAAACUGAUCACUGAUUACGUUAAUCAAUGUGCAUUUUUUACUUUAAACAAAAAAGUAAAACAGGAAAUAAUGUAUCAAACUUAGAGACUUUAUCUUUCAAACUGUUUAGAUCUGUGGCUCUCGCUACUUAUAUGCAAAUUUCUGAUAUUCUGUGUUACCAUCGCCAUGCACCAUGCAUGACCUUCCGCAGCCAUUUGGGUACGAAAUUAGUUCCUCUCUUCACUGUCUAUUUUCAUUCUCAUACAUUUAAAAUCAUGAUCGCCAUUUCAUCAACAUUUUCAAGAUCAAAAGAGUUACAGCAACAACUCAAAUGUCCGCCUUAAUCUAUCUCAGUUCUUAAGCCAGCAUCAAAACCGUUAUAAUUUAAACAUCUCUUCCUCCUUGAACUGUUCAACUACGUACGACGUCAGAACCCGGAACUAUGACAAGAGACUCUUUGCGACGCCAACAGAGACAUGGAACACGUAGACAAAUAAUUGACAAGCAAUAAAAUAUCAUGUUGGUGUGUAGGGGGCUCUCUCACUGUAUGUGUGCCAUGUUUAUUGACAUUGUUUUUGAAGAAAGUAAACUUUCAUUUCAAAACCCACUAGUGCGUCUCUCUUCCUUUUUUUGUGCAGCUUCAUUAUUAAACGAAGGUUUAGUUAUUUUUCGGAGAUACGGUAUGUUGCGUUCAUUUAUGGUCGUAAUAAUCCAGUCCAAAAAUAAGCAGAGCGUUUCUCUUCCUUUUUAACGCGUGAAUUGCGCGCAUGCGCAAGAGCGAGUUAUAGAUACCAUGUGGGGAAUGGCAUUCGCUCGAUUGGUCGAUUCCUGUAAACUUUUUUUAGAUUUUAGGCUUUUGAGUGCAUUUGAUAGUUUUUAGCGAGUAGUAAACAGAAGAAAUGGCGACCUUUUUUGCUAAGAAUUGUGGUGGGGUGAAAAAGAAGCCAAUGAUAAUCUUAAAAGAAUUUUUUUUUCGUUUUAGUUUCAACAAGCGGCGCCAGCGACUGGCAGGCAUGCAAGGAUUUACACUGAAAUAACAGAACAACCUUCGUUUUUCAUAAAAUUGUAAUUUGCAAUCCUUGAACUCGAAAACAAUCCGAAGAUUCAUUGAAAAUAUUACUUUCUGCGAAGCGCUCGAAGUUUACAGAUGUUCAAAAGCUUUUUCUGUUAUGGCGUGAGAUUGAGGACAAAAUUGAUCAUUACGUUUCGUCGCGUGUGUUUUUCCUGUGUGAAGCAACAAAAGAUGCCGGCGACUGACGAAAUUACAAGUUAACACGAAAAUCAGAUAACACCUAAACAAACAAUUUUAGCUACCGAUUUUCAGUGAAUUUUUAAAGAACAAUUUUCUUUUAAGUUUCAAGACAAUUUGAAGAUUCAACAUACAUACAACGUACUAAAAUGCGAAAGUUACACACCACAAAAUUGAUAAAUAGGCCUGAAAUGAAAUUCUAUCUUGUUAUUGAUUAUACGUUGCCUAGCACGUAACUUAAAUCUACCCAGGCGGAGAUCCAAAAUGACGGUGGCAGGCUUGGCUUAGUUAUAUCACUCAAAACUCGUUCCAGUUUGUCUGAUUUGAUAAAGAGGGAAUCGUUAAUGUUUUCAUUAAGACAGUAUUGCCUUGAUUUUCUAAUAUUUACAACGAAAGACAGUAAAUUUCACUUUUCACCCACAUUUACUUCCAACCUUUUCUUUUGAACCAGAAACAAAAAUGAUAGACGUUUAAAACACAUGACAUCAUCCACCUUGUCAAAUGUAAUAGCAUGAUCAUUUCAAUUGUAAUGCCUUCUUAUCCCAACGUUACUUUGUUUCUUUGCUACAUUAGCGAACACUGAACUACUGCUCGUACUCUAGAUAUGACAAUCAACCACAAAAUUCCCUAAACCAGAUAACAUUAAACAUCAUGUGUCAAAAUCAUGUGUCAAUUCACGAGUUUGCUCACAGAGCACUUUGAUUUAGUGCAGCUUCAUUAUUAAACGAAAGUUUAGUUAUUUUUCGGAGAUACGGUAUGUUGCGUUCAUUUGUGGUCGUAAUACUCUAGUCCAAGAAUAAGCAGAGCGUUUCUCUUCCUGUUUUUGUGCCGCGUCAUGAACACAAGGACUUAAAUAAGUCAUCAGUUUAGCUUUUUUUUUGCGGAGAUACAGUAUGUUGCUUUCAUUUGUGUUCACGAAAGGCCAUCAACCAAGUGGAAUAAUGCAAAAAUACCGACAAUUUCAACAGGUAUAUUUUCCAUGCCUCGCCAAGCCAACAGCGAGCGAUUAAGAGAGAUGAAAGAAGAGUUUCAUGUUCAAUUGUGAAGUUACUAAAAUGAAAAUGUGUUACAUUGUCUUUUUUUGACUUUUGAAAUAAUCAUUUGUUUCCAGUCUUGACAAUUAACGCAUUUAUUCGUUGCGAUCGAGAAGGAAGAGUGAAAUUAGUUUGAGUCAAUAAAAUUUUCCUAGCAUGACCAAAUCUGAAAACAAAUUACUCAAUUCCUGUGGAUUAUUGUUCAUACUGAGUCGAUGGCAAAGUCGUAAUAGGAGACAGGUGGGGGGGAGGGGUGGAAGCGGAAGUUCGCUGCAUCGAAACAUCAAAACAUUUCAUUAAGGUGUGCUUUUCGAAACUUAUCUUUUUUAACAGAAUUAGCCGUUGUUAAUAGCAAAAGUUCAGUGUUACUUUGCAAACUGAUCACUGAUUACGUUAAUCAAUGUGCAUUUUUUACUUUAAACAAAAAAGUAAAACAGGAAAUAAUGUAUCAAACUUAGAGACUUUAUCUUUCAAACUGUUUAGAUCUGUGGCUCUCGCUACUUAUAUGCAAAUUUCUGAUAUUCUGUGUUACCAUCGCCAUGCACCAUACAUGACCUUCCGCGGCCAUUUGGGUACGAAAUUAGUUCCUCUCUUCAUUGUCUAUUUUCAUUCUCAUACAUUUAAGAUCAUGAUCGCCAUUUCAUCAACAUUUUCAAGAUCAAAAGAGUUACAGCAACAACUCAAAUGUCCGCCUUAAUCUAUCUCAGUUCUUAAGCCAGCAUCAAAACCGUUAUAAUUUAAACAUCUCUUCCCCCCUGAACUGUUCAACUACGUACGACGUCAGAACCCGGAACUAUGACAAGAGACUCUUUGCGACGCCAACAGAGACAUGGAACACGUAGACAAAUAAUUGACAAGCAAUAAAAUAUCAUGUUGGUGUGUAGGGGGCUCUCUCACUGUAUGUGUGCCAUGUUUAUUGACAUUGUUUUUGAAGAAAGUAAACUUUCAUUUCAAAACCCACUAGUGCGUCUCUCUUCCUUUUUUUGUGUAGCUUCAUUAUUAAACAAAAGUUUAGUUAUUUUUCGGAGAUACGGUAUGUUGCGUUCAUUUGUGGUCGUAACACUCCAGUCCAACAAGCAGAGCGUCUCUCUUCCUGUUUUUGUGCCGCGUCAUGAACACAAGGACUCAAAUCAAUCAUCAGUUUAGCUAUUUUUUUCGGAUACAGUAUGUUGCGUUCAUUUGUGUUCACGAAAGGCCAUCAACCAAGUGGAAUAAUGCGAAAAUAUCGAGAAUUUCAACAGGUACAUUUUCCAUGCCUCGCCAAGCCAACAGCGAGCGACUAAGGGAAAUGAAAGAAGAGUUUCAUGUUCAAUUGUGAAGUUGCUAAAAUGAAAAUGUGCUUCAUUGUCUUUUUCCGACUUUCGAAAUAAUCAUUUGUUCCCAGUCUUAACAAUUAACGCAAUUAUUCGUUGCGAUCGAGAGGGUAGAGUGAAAUUAGUUUGAGUCAAUAAGGCUUGUCCGAGAUUCUAAGCCAUUGUAACAAAUUAAAAAGAUUGCCAGAUUUUUUGCGUUUUUGGCCAAAGAGCUUAUUAACUUUUGUGGGUUUGUGUGCAUCAUAAAAAUGACGAGCAUCGUUAGAGUAGGAAAAUGAGGGAAAAACAUAGGAAACAUGAUAUACUGCUUUCACUUGCGGUCAUUUGUGGUCGUUCAAUGCGUCAGUAUCCCGCUAAAAAUAAGCUGUUUUGAUCAUGAAUUCUUGUAAUUCCUAUUGCUCUGCCCUUGCCCAAUCACAAUACUAGAUCAAUAUAAAAAGGUCAUCGUUACUAAGCAUUCUUUUUUCCUUCUACCAACUAUUUAUUCCGCAGCCAACCUCGGCGACGAGUAACUGUUAGUCACUGGGAUCCUGCAGAUAACAUCUCUUCAGCAUUUUGAGUGAUCAUCUUCCUUCAACUUCAAGAACUUCUGAGAGAAGUCAAAGAGCUUUGGUAAGUUGACUUCUCAUUUCACUUUUUAGCUGAUUGAACAAGCAGCGAAUGCAUCCGCACAAAUUUGUUCUUUGUGCGUAGAAGACGAAGUGUCUUAAUAUUUUCAUUUUGAGGGGGAAGACCAUCGAGAUUUUCCUCGUAAAGCAAUAAUUAAUGCACAUCGUUAUCGACUUCAUAGCACUGAAAAAACGUUGUUCGUUAACAAAAGGAAGUAAACGACAGAUUUGCCACCGAAAAGUUUUCGACCGACGUGCUGCCGUUGUCGGUUUGGCGGUGGUUAUCUCUAUGGGAGAGUCAAGACAGGUUUACUGAUAGCAACCAUCAUCAAAAAUAUUAUACUCUCUCUAUGAUAUUUUUUAAGACGAUUUUAUGAAAUGAAUUUCGGCCUAUGUGAGGAAACAUCAAAACAUCUUUCUGUUCGCCCUUUGGAAAGGGUUUUUUCCUCACGUCAUUUCAAAAUAACUUCGUAAAAUAAGCUUUAUUUACUAGUGGUUAUAGAACAUGUUUCUCACUAAAGGUCCUAAAGGAAAUUAGUUAUUCAGGUCCUCCGGCUGAAACGUUACAGUGAGAUCCACUCCGUUAGUUUAUCUUUUCUUCUUCAGAAAAUUUAUCUCUGCACUUGACGUAAAUAGAACAAUCCAACUAGCGCUAUGAACUUUGCUUAAUAGCUAAUCAGAAAAACCACAAGAGUAUUCACAAUCAAAGUUUAAACAACAAUGUCAAACUCUAACGAGGAUAGGCUCACAGGUAGAAUAAAACACGACAAACAGGAAUAUAAGUCAUAUAGCGCAAAAAGGGAGGUACAAAUUGUUAAGAGUCAGUUGUAAAGGAGGAGACAUCAUAUGCACUCAAACUACAAACCGAAGCAAUAUGAAAGUCAACAAUGGCGUCCUUUGCUUUGUAGCUAAGCACUUUUAAGGAGGUCUUAUCAAUUACAGGAGACAACAUAAUUUUCUCUCAACAGCAGCGGACUAUUUUUAAUUUUUGUUCAAAAUAUUUAUUUUUUAGUUGAACUCUGAAGGUUUUAGAUGAAGAUAGAUCUGUAUAAGUAUCCAGUAAACUAUAACCUGUUCUCUUGUUUGUUUUUUCUAGAAAAUAAUGUAGCGAAUUGAAACCAACAUGACUUAAGUCUUCAAAUAAUUUGGCCAGUCUCUAAGACUCAUUUUGUUAACUGAACACAAAGACAUAAUGAAAAGUGUUCUGACCCGCAAAGAUAUACGAGUAUAUUCAGUGUCAAUUAAAUGUUGCAUGUCCUCAACUGGUCUAAGUUUAGAAAAAAAAAGGUAUUUAUUAUAAUUGAUAAUUGAUGAUCAAACAUAGAGCCGGCAAUCAUUGUAAAUCGAGUGUUCGCCAAUUCGCUACCCUCAAUGAAGUACUACAUGGUCGAUUCUGAAAUAAUGUUCUGUCUUUUGCUCAUUCCAGUGUGCUCUCUUUCAGAUAUUUACUCCAUUGAUGUCUUCAGUUUCUGGGAUGGGUGACGCUAAAGGUCAGUCGACUUCUUACCAAAAUUAAUAUUUUUCCUAUUUUAUAUCUUAAGUGGCCCGCUGUCAUUUUUCCAGCUCUCUUGCACACAUAAAAGGCCAAAUUGAUGGUCAGUUGAUUCUUAAUUUAAUAUUUAAAUUAAAGUAUCGGCAGAGAAAGCAAGAUGCUGGCCUUAUUUUCGCAGGUUUUGCAAAUAUCAGCAAGGUGUGUUGUAGAUUGAUCAGUGGUCUUUGAUCUGCAUCGAGGUUUUAAUUGUAGUUUACAUUACAGUAAAUGUCUAAUCUGGCUUUCUCAGCCCUUUCUCUCUCCCCUUUUUAUUUUGAUUGUGUUUUACUGUACUUUGAAACGGAACUCCUAAAAGCUAUCCGGAAAGAAAAAUGCGAUCCUGAACGUGUGGAUUGUUACAAAUAUCUUGGGGUUACACUGAAUCAGCGUCUGUCUUCAGAAGAUCACGUCUCAAACAUUGCCUCCAAAAUACGUAAACGAAUAUCAAUUUUAUCUAGAAUUAAAUGCAUGCUACCUAUAUCUGUAAGACUAACUUUCUAUAACACCAUGAUCAAGCCCAUUUUUGAAUACAAUAGUAUUGUGGGGGGAGACAAAAGAAAUACAGUUCAUAUGGACACUCUUCAAAUACUUCAAAACAGAGCUGCGAAGAUAAUCUUUGGCAGAGAAUUAUGAGAUUCUGCUACACAAGCUUUGAAAGAUCUCAACUGGGUAACUUUAGUCAAAAAGAGAACUACCGACCGAUGAAUUUUUGUUUACAAAUGCCUGAACAACCUCAUUGGGUUUGAUUUUGGUUUUAAAUCAUUUAAAAAUAGACAUGAUUACUAUACUAGAAACAAACAAAACCUUGCAUUUGAAUUAUCUAAGACAAACUGGGGUUUUUUUCAAAACUGUCCCACACUGUGGAAAGGAACACCUUCGACUUGGAAACCAGAAACGCUGAUAGCCUCAAUGCCUUUAAGAAAUCAAUUGUUAAGAUUUUUUCUUAACAUUAUAUUUUUCUAUUUCGCAUAUACCUUUGUUAUAUUUUACAAUCUUUUAUAUAUAAUAUUAAUUAUCCUCAUUAUUUAUUUAUUUAUAUUUUUGACAUUUAGCUAAGACCUCCCUGAAAAUCAUGUUUGUAUGAGUGGAGCAUCCUCAUUAAAGAUCAUUACUUCUCCUCCCCUGCCCCGACCCUGAUUCUCAUUUCGCUGGAAAUGUGUAAGAAAUCUGAAUGAAUUCUUAUUCCUUCCAAGAAACCAGAAGAAAUCCCCAGACAGCGCGGAAGGUUACAUUUCAUCUAAUUUUCUUUUCACCAGUGACCUAUGACGAGCAAGAUGGAUCUCUCAGCAGUUGCUUGUCCAACGAGAGAAUCUAUGGCCCUGGAUUGCCGGAUGUAAUUUCCUUUCCACAAGUACCCUCUCUCAAACCAGGAGAAUCUUUCUGCAGCGCCUUGUUCAACGCUCCAAAGAGUGAGAGAAUCCGCAAUCUGGCAAAGGAAUCCACGUUUUUCCAGAGCAUGGUUAAAGGAUCACUUAACCCUAAGGUCUAUGGCGGCUACAUGGUGCAGGAUGCUGCUUAUUGCUUCAAUGCAGUGGAUUCUUACGAACGAGCUGCUGAGAAGAUGCAAGAAGUUGGCAAACCUGAAUUCUCUUUAUUCUACAGGACCCAAUCAGAGAAAUUCAAAGGCUACAACAAGGAUUUUCUAGAAAAAUGGCGGCUUCGAAAUUCAGACAGCGUGGCUAUGGAGCCGGCUGCAGCAACGUACGUGGGAUAUGAACGAGCCUUGAGCCAAAACGAUCCCAAGUACCUUUGCAUUGCCAUGUUACCAUGUAAAAUGCUAUGGCCCUGGAUUGCCGACCAACUCAUCGAUUCAGUCGACAAGAACAACCCAUAUUACUUCUGGUUUGAUGAAAACAAGCCACGCCCGGGCCACAAAAGCGACCUGGAAAGGUUCGUAGAUCGCGUCUUUGUCCAAGUAGAGCCUGAGGAACAGCAGAAGUGCCUUUCCAUUUUUCAAGAAGGUUUGGUUAACGAGCUGAAUUUCUUCCGCAGUGCCUGCAAUCAAACCCUGAUUUACUACUCGUCCUUCCAGGAGUAA